UGUGACAGGAAAGCUAUGCAGCCUCUAAGCAGCCCGUUCCCCAAUCCUGACAGCCGCCGCAGACGCUGAGAGCGAGUUUGUGAGCAGUCAGGCGGUGUGCAGGUAGGGGUCUCCUUAAAGAGGCAGAGAGUCCCGCGAGCCAGCUCCAACUCUAGAUGAGGGGCAGACCUCCUUCCUCCAGCCUUUUGAAUCACGGGGGGAGAAGAAAGGGGACCUCCAAAUGACAGAGCGUGCCGUGGCCACGAGCAGCACAAAGAGGGACUGGCAAUUGACUAAAGAGGCAACAAAGAGAGGAACACAGCCGAAGCCGCUCCAGCUCCGCCGCCACCGCUGCGCUUGAUUCUCGAGAGUUUGGGAUUAAGAGGGAGCAGGACUGCUUUGGGAGGCUGUGAAAGUGCAGAGAGCGCAGAGCGUCAGAGCAUUGACUCGGCACAGGGGGUGGACUUGCGUUAGUUCUGCGCCCGGUCUCGGAAGGAUCGUCUGUUGGGAUAGUUACUUCUGAGACAUUAGUUCUGAAGACUCACAAGACAGUGCAUUCCCAAGAACGAGGAGAAAACAAAGUAGAGCGAGCACAAACCAAAUAAAUAUAAAUAUAUAUAAAGAAAAGUACAAAAGAAAUGGCCAACUCUGGAUUCCAGCUUCUGGGGUAUUUCUUGGCACUGGGAGGAUGGAUUGGCAUCAUCUCCACCACAGCUCUGCCACAGUGGAAGCAGUCAUCCUACGCUGGCGAUGCCAUCAUUACAGCGGUGGGCCUCUACGAGGGGUUGUGGAUGUCCUGUGCCUCCCAGAGCACAGGUCAGGUGCAGUGCAAGGUCUUUGACUCCAUGCUGUCCCUGGACGUGCACAUCCAGACAUGCCGAGCCCUGAUGGUGGUGUCAGUGCUGAUGGGCUUCAUCGCCAUUAUUGUCAGCGUGGUGGGCAUGAAGUGCACCAAGGUGGGUGACAACAACCCCCUGACCAAGAGCAGGAUCGCCGUCUCCGGAGGGGUGCUCUUCCUGCUCGCAGGGCUGUGCACGUUGGUGUCUGUGUCCUGGUACGCCACACAGGUCUCUCAUCAGUUUUUCAAUCCCAACACACCUGUAAAUGCCAGGUAUGAGUUCGGCUCGGCCCUGUUUGUGGGCUGGGCGGCGGCCAGCCUGACCAUGCUGGGGGGGUCCUUCCUCUGCUGCUCCUGCCCCACGGAGGAGAGGAGAGGGCAGCAGUACUACCGGCAAUCACAGCCCUCCACAGCCAGGGAGGCUGAAUUGUUGAGUGAAACUAGUUUCCCUGACUGACCACCCCCUGCCUUUUAUCGAAGAUUGUCCAAGUUCCACUCACUAUUUACAUUUCCUUGUUCCUUCCUAGAUCCAAAAUUUGGACCCUUAUCACUUCGCUAUAGCACAUGUUGCACUCCCUAAACAUUUGUUUCUUAUCAGCAUCUGAUAUUAAAGUUUAAGUUCACACCAUGGCUCCCCUACCUCCUUGUGAUUGUCCCUUCCCCUGACCUGUGUGUGAAUAUGGACUCUUAUAAGACCAGUGUGAACAGACACUUUUAUUGGCUGCUUGGUUUUGACCAGGCCACACCUUGUGUUGUACUUGU